GACGCACUCGAUAUGCGACGACACCAUCUCUGACAUGAACAGGGUUCUGUCCGGUCAGCUCCAGGAGUCUCGCAGGAGCUCGUUCACAGGGGCAGGCGCCAUGGCCAGGGCUGACUGCUCCACGAUCUACACACUCCCGUCCUGUAGCGCGGUGAUUCCCAAACCCGGGCCUGAAGUAUCUCCGCUCUGUUAUCACUUUAAUCAUCUAACGAGUUAAAUCAAUUUGUUAAAAAGAAGUGAUUGAGAUCAGAUCAGAUCAGAUAAAUCAGAUCAACCUGGAUUGGGAAAACACUGUUUUAUAGAAUGUGUUGUAUUAUAGAAAAAAAUAACACACUGCGUGAAAUGCACAGGUUUCACACACACACACACACGAUAUUUAAUCAUGAAUUAGCAAUGGAAGAGAUUUUAAAGGUUCUCUCUGCGAUUGGUUCUGGAUUCUGAUUGGUCAGAAGAUGUUGCACGGCGGACGCUCCGAUUAAAAAACGUGAAACUUUCUGUACGAAGAGUUUGCGCUUCUUUGCGGUUUCUGACAAGCUUCCGUUGUCUUAUUAACUUGAAGGGAGAGAAAAGAAAAGAAAGAGGCAGGUGAAGGAACGAUUGUUUAUAGCUGCUGUAACGUGAGUGAGAACUUGUUUCGCAGACGUUCGACAACGUUAAGUAUAACCGUAAAAGGAUUAAAAAAAAAAAAAAAAAUGUAUGACAUGUUGUUCAUUAAUAAAUUAAAAAUUGUAAUCGUUGGAAAAUCACCGUAGCGUACGAGGAAUAAAACACUUCGGGACAUGCUGUUGUAGGAAAAUAAUCAACUUCAUGAUGGUAACAGGAACUCCGCUUCAUCACAUCACGCCGUCACUGAUUUAUUUUUAAAUUUUUUGACGUCAUCACUACAAAUCACGCCUUGGAUCUUGUGUGCAUUUGACGCAAGAAGAGGAAGCUACAUACUGUACCGAGAGAAUCGUUGGUGUCUCACCUGUCCUGCCGUCGCAGGUUGUCCCACUUCCUGUUUAUGCUGAGGAACUGGGCGUCCCACAGGCUGCAGCCCGAGGUCGAGCGCCCCGACUCCUUCCUGGAGCGAUUCCGGGGUCCCGAGCUCAAAGAUCUCUCCAGCCGCGGCAGCAACGCCCGCUCCUCUUUAGGCCACCCCGAGCGGCCUCACAAGAGGAAUCACUGGCCACUCGCACUUUACAAUACGAACAACUGCAACAACACGGACGACAAAAAGAAAGAUGAGAAAAAAGAUGGAGACAAGAAGGAAGAGAAAAAAGAUGAAAAGAAGGACGAUAAGAAGGAUAAGAAGGAUGAUAAAAAGACAGAAGAGCCUCAGAAAAACGCGUGGAUCAUGGAUCCAGCCACAGACACAUACUAUCGAUGGCUGGCGAUAAUAGCAGGGCCGGUGUUUUACAACCUGAUGAUGCUCAUAACAAGAUCAUGUUUUAAUGAGCUUCAGGACUCGUACAUGACUCUGUGGAUGAUCCUGGACUUCUCAUCAGAUUUGAUCUACUACAUGGACACAUUUGUGAGAUCAAGAACAGGUUUCCUAGAGCAAGGACUUCUGGUGAAAGACACCAAGAAGUUGAUGGAGAAUUACAGGAAAACGGCGCAGUUUAAAUACGACAUCUUCUCCAUGCUCCCGACGGAUAUUUUCAUGAUCAAGAUUGGAUACAACAACCCCGAACUACGCUUCAACCGCCUCUUCAAAAUGGCGCGUCUCUUCGAGUUCUUCGAUCGAACCGAGACCAGAACUAACUACCCCAACAUCUUCCGUAUCAGCAACCUCGUACUUUACAUCCUCGUCAUCAUCCACUGGAACGCCUGCAUCUUUUUCGCCAUUUCCAAAACCAUCGGCUUCGGGACGGACACGUGGGUGUAUCCGAACAUCAGCCAUCCGGAAUACGGGCGCCUGGCGAGGAAAUACAUCUACUGCCUGUACUGGUCCACGCUGACGCUCACCACCAUCGGAGAAACCCCGCCUCCAGUCAGAGACGUCGAGUACCUCUUUGUGGUCACCGACUUCCUCAUCGGAGUACUGAUCUUCGCCACGAUCGUCGGUAACGUGGGCGCGAUGAUCUCCAACAUGAACGCGUCGCGCGCCGAGUUCCAGGCCAAGAUCGACUCCAUCAAGCAGUACAUGCAGUUCCGAAACGUCACCAAAGAUCUAGAGGCAAGAGUCAUCAAGUGGUUCGAUUACCUCUGGACGGAGAAGAAAACCUGCGAUGAGAAGGAGGUGCUGAAGAACCUUCCAGACAAGCUUAAAGCGGAGAUCGCCAUCAACGUCCAUCUGGACACGCUGAAGAAGGUGCGGAUCUUCCAGGAUUGCGAAGCCGGACUGCUUAUUGAACUGGUCCUCAAACUUCAGCCUCAAGUCUUCAGCCCUGGAGAUUACAUCUGCAAGAAGGGCGACAUCGGACGAGAGAUGUACAUCAUCAAAGAAGGGAAGCUCGCCGUGGUGGCGGACGACGGCGUCACGCAGUUCGUCGUGCUCAGCGACGGCGCGUACUUCGGAGAAAUCAGCAUCCUCGGGAUCAAAGGCAGCAAAGCCGGGAACAGGAGAACCGCCAACAUCCGCAGCGUGGGCUACUCCGACCUCUUCGCCCUCUCCAAAGACGACCUAAUGGAGGCGCUGACCGAGUACCCCGAAGCCAAAAAGGCGCUGGAGGAGAAGGGUAAGUCGAUCCUGAGGAAGGAUAACCUCCUGGACGAGGCGGCGGCCAACGCCGGGGCCGACCCCAAAGAUCUGGAGGAGAAGAUCUUACAAUUGGAGACCAACCUUGACGUAAUGACCACCAAGUUCGCCAGACUGGUAGCGGAAUACACGUCCUACCAGUGCAGGAUAAAGCAGAGGCUCACCAACAUGGAGAACAAAGUGAAGACGCUGAGGGAGGAAGAUCUCUCCGAGGUGGUCGCCGACAAAAAGAAGGAGGAGGAGAAGAAAACAAAAUAGGCGACGUGUUCUGGAAUAUAGGCAGUUUAUUCGACGUUUUUAUUUAUACAUUUUGGUUAUAUGUAACUUUGUAUAUAACACAAGUUGUUUUCAGUUUUAUUUACAUGUACAGACUGUAGAUCUUUAAAGGUAAACUAUGUUUCUCAAAUUGUACAGCGCUAUAGUUCACAUUUCUCCUUUCACUUGUCCAAAGAGAUCUUUCCGUAGUUAUCUUUAAAGCUGCAGUGUUGUUCAGCCUCCGCAGCCUCUCUUUAUCCGUUUACUCCAAAUUCACUACCCUUACUUCUGACUGUUACAAAGCGCUUGCACUGGAGACUCCUUCCAUAAGCGAAUCCAGAAUCCAGCAGCACUGUGGUGUAAAUACGGUUCUUAACACGUAGCCUAUAAGAUGUAAACGUAAUCAGAUGUAAUGGAACGCCAUCAUGAAGAAAUAAAUAAACUGAUUUAAUUUUUUUUUUUUUUUUCUCUAUCUUCAGACUUUGAGUGCAGCAGUUCAGGAGAAUGAGGUGAAGGAGUGAUGAGAGAGGAGGAAAGGAAAGGAAAGGAAAGAAUAGAGGUGAGAGAAAGGGAAAAAAAAGGAGAGGAAGGAUAUUUAUAAUUAGCAUCAGGUUUGUUCUUGAUUUUUUGCACCAACUAUUUUGUUUUAGUCAAAACUCAAUUCCUUUCAGAGAUAGAACUAUAUUUUCAAAGAGAAGAAAGUGCAGAAUUUGGGAAUAUUUUCUUUCUUUUUUCUCAUUACAUCAUUCUGAGUUUUAAACGUUUAUCGACUGAGAUCAGUAUCAUCUGCCUCUUAUCAACCAUCAAAGCACUAAUUUAACAUUUAAUUUAACAUUUUAUGUUACCGAGUCAUUUUCCGGAUAUCAUGACAAACCUGUCCUUUCAUUUAUUGCUCGUGACGUAGUUUAAAAAAUUUCAAGAAGCUCCACAUAACAGGCGUGAUUGUUUAACUUUAAAAGGUUCAUACGCAGUUUAAAAAAAAAAAAAAAAAAGAUGUGAUUUUCCUUCUUCAUUGUAAUUAUUCAUCACAUAAGUGGGCUGAACACAAGCAUAUGCAAAUUAGAAGUUUUUAAUAAUAUAAACAAUUUUAAAAGAUGUUUUGUCUCCUUUUUUCACGUCAUUGGUGUUGCUUAUUUUAAAACCUUGUUAAUUUUUUUUUUUU